AUGGCUGAAAAAAGCGAUUUUCAGAAGAAAAUAAUGGGAAUCGGCAUAAAUGGAGUUUUGUCCGCUAGUAUGUCACUUGGUCACCAACUUGGACUAUUUAAAGCGCUGGCUGAAGUGGGAAGUGAGGAACAUCCAGCAACUCCUGCGAAAGUCGCCGAAGAAAGUGGUUGCAAGGAGAGAUAUGUAAAGGAAUGGUUGUCAGUAAUGGGAGUUGCUGACGUUAUUACUGUCACGGAAGACGAGAAAUUUUUCAUCAAAAAGGAAAACGUGGAGGACUUGACCGGAGGGUCAGCGAUUCAUUUCAUCUCUUUCCUGCCUAUUUUUAUGAGAGGAUACGAUAAAAUCAUCAAUGUGUUUAAGAAAGAAGGGCCACUUGGCCUCGAAUACUCGGACUUCACUGAUUUCUAUACUGCUAUGGCGUCGUUCAGCGAAGCUGCUCACAAGAAACAUCUAAUUUCGGAUUUUAUUCCAGCUCUUGGACCAGAUAUGAAGGAGCGGCUAGCAAACGGUGGAAUGAUGUGUCUGGAUGUUGGCUGCGGUAGUGGCUUCCAUUCUGCUCUUUUGGCCGAGAAUUUCCCGAAAUCAAACUUUAUUGGCGUAGACGUCACUCUUGAGGCGAUCCACCUGGCGAAUCAACAGAGAAAGGAUGAUGGUCAAACUUACGAAAAUCUCGCAUUCAUCCAAAUCAACGCUGCAAAAAUGGAUGAUGAUUGGACGGACAAAUUCGACAUCGUCACGAUCUUCGACGCAUGUCAUGACCAGAUGAGGCUGGAUUUGUACUACAGUGUGACUGAACGCAUAAUCAUUCUUCUGCUAACAGUUCCCAUGGUUCCAGAAAUCAUUGAGGCUUUGGUGAUAAGAAUUGUCUGA